GGGCCGGCGGGCGUGCACUGCCCCAGGAGAGCCCACCCCAAGGACGGGCCGCUGCGCGCCCUUCUGACCUCACUUGCCUGCGCCGGAACCAGUUACCAGCCCCUUUACGGACCUAGGACCGGGGCCCUGGUCGGAGAGCGGCGGGAGGCUUCCCUGCUGCGGUCCCUGAGGGAGUCCCGAGCGCGGGAAUCAUGCGGGCGGGCAAGACCUUCCGCAGGCGCCGCGCCGACUCGGAGUCGGAGUCGGACGAUCAGGACAGUGAGGAGGUCCGCUUGAAACUGGAGGAAACCAAAGAAGUUCAGAGCUUGAGGAGACGACCUAAUGGGGUGAGUGCAGUAGCCCUCCUGGUUGGGGAGAAAGUUCAGGAAGAGACGGCCCUGGUAGACGAUCCCUUUCAGGUCAAAACCGGUGGGAUGGUGGACAUGAAGAAACUUAAGGAAAGAAACAAGGACAGAAUCAGCGAAGAGGAGGAUCUCAACUUAGGAACAUCAUUUUCGGCCGAAACCAACCGAAGGGAUGAAGACGCCGACAUGAUGAAGUACAUUGAGACAGAACUAAAGAAAAGGAAGGGAAUUGUGGAAAACGAGGAGCAGAAAGUAAAGCUGAAGAAUGCAGAAGACUGUCUCUACGAGCUGCCCGAGAGCAUCCGAGUCUCGUCCGCCAAAAAAACGGAGGAGAUGCUGUCCAACCAAAUGCUGAGCGGCAUCCCCGAAGUGGAUUUAGGCAUUGAGGCAAAAAUAAAAAAUAUCAUUUCGACCGAGGAUGCCAAAGCCCGUCUGCUGGCUGAGCAACGGAACAAAAAGAAAGACAGCGAAACCUCUUUUGUUCCCACGAACAUGGCUGUGAACUACGUGCAGCACAACCGAUUUUAUCAUGAAGAGCUCCACGCCCCAGUUCGGAGGCACAAGGAAGAGCCAAAAACCCGACCCCUCAGGGUGGGAGAUACUGAGAAGCCGGAAGCCGAGAGGUCACCUCCGAAUCGCAAGCGUCCCCCCAACGAAAAAGCAACUGAUGAUUAUCACUAUGAGAAGUUUAAGAAAAUGAACAGACGCUAUUGAUAUCAGCUCAGUAGCUGGAAAGUGGAGAAGGUUUUGUUUUGGGAUUUGGGGUUUCUUUUGUUUUUGCAGAGAUUUUAUUUUUUUGGUCAAACACAAAUUGCAAUGUAAAAAAUCACAGGAAUAAAAGUUUGUUUCUUUUUAAAAAAAAUGAGGCUGUGAGGAAAUAAAGAUAGGGGUUUUUCCCCCCCUAAGGAAUUCAUCAAAGGCAGAUGUGUGGUAUGGUAGUUGUUUUUUUU